GUACCUGGCAGAAAAUUAAACAGCCAGCCAACUAACCUAGUUUUGUGGUGACGCUAAGACAACAAGAUUCAUCUUCACUCUCUUCAUUCAACCAUUUCCACAAACAUCUUUCCUUCACUAUUCACUCAUCUCAAUUUACAAUGGCAACCUCUCUCACUUUCUCUAGACUCCUAACCUCUGCCACCACCACAUCACUCUUAUCCCCCAAAACCAAAACCCUCUCUUCCAAUUUUACCCUCCCCCUCAAAUUCAACCGCCUCCACCCCAAACCUCUCCGAUUCUCCUCUUCCCCCAAAAUCUCCGCCACAAUCUCCGUCGGCGACAAGCUUCCCGAGUCAACCUUCUCCUACCUAGAUGCUGCCGGAGAAGUGCAAACGGUCACACUUUCAGACCUAACAAAAGGCAAAAAGGCGGUUCUCUUCGCCGUUCCGGGAGCUUUCACACCGACGUGUUCACAGAAACACGUUCCGGGAUUCGUGGAGAAGUCAUCGGAGCUAAAAGCGAAGGGAGUGGACACCAUCGCUUGCAUUUCAGUGAACGACGCGUUCGUGAUGAAAGCGUGGAAGGAGGAUUUGAAGGUGAAUGAUGAAGUGGUUCUUUUGUCGGACGGUAACGGUGAUUUCACGAGAGCGAUUGGGUGUGAGCUUGAUUUGAGCGAUAAACCUGUUGGUUUGGGUGUUAGGUCAAGACGUUAUGCUUUGUUGGCUGAAGAUGGAGUCGUUAAGUUUUUCAAUUUGGAGGAAGGUGGUGCUUUCACUUUCAGUGGUGCUGAAGAUAUCCUCAAUGUUCUUUGAAUUUUUGUUGUAAUUUUUCUGUUCUAUCUUUUAGCAUGAGUUACUGUUUUCUUUAAUCGGUUUAGGGUAAUGCACUUUUUUAAUUUUGAUAAUAAUGUGGACUUUAUUGAUCUAAUUGUGUUUGCUGUGACAAUUUUAUCUUGUGCUGAUGACAAACUAUUGAGCUUGUGGUGAUUUGUUUAUAUGGGGUGAUUAUAAUUUGUA